AAGCGGGAAAAAAAGAUCUCCCGCGGCAUGAGUUUGUCCGCCAUUUUGCACCAGACCUAUUGAAAAGAGUGAGAGAGCAGACACGGCGGGAUCUGGCCACUUUAUUCUCUUUCAGUACAUUUCCCUCUGGAUUUAUCCCAACAUAAUCCAAGAUAUUACCUGACAGGUCCCGGAGACAUGGCCACGGAGCACAUCAAUGGCAAUGGUACGGAUGAACCAGUGGAGUCUCCAGCAGUUACUCAUUCAGAGCACUUCCAGACGCUUCUAGACGCCGGAUUACCUAGAAAAGUGGCAGUCAAACUAGAUGAGAUUUACAUAGCAGGACUCGUGUCUCACAGCGAUCUCGACGAUCGAGCGAUUGAGGCUCUGAAGGAGUUCAAUGAAGAGGGCGCUCUGCAAGUUCUCCUGCAGUUUAAAGACAGCGACCUGUCGCACGUUCAGAAUAAAAGUGCCUUCCUCUGUGGGGUGAUGAAGACGUACAGGCAGAGGGAGAAACAGGGGACCAAAGUCUCAGACUCCACUAAAGGACCAGACGAGGCCAAGAUCAUCGCUUUGCUGGAGAGAACUGGCUACACACUGGAUGUGACGACGGGGCAGCGCAAGUACGGCGGUCCUCCCCCAGGGUCGAGCCAUGCUGGGGUACAGCCCACCGUGGGCACAGAGAUUUUUGUGGGAAAGAUCCCGAGAGAUCUGUUUGAAGAUGAGCUGGUCCCUCUGUUUGAGAAAGCGGGCCCCAUCUGGGAUCUGCGUCUGAUGAUGGAUCCGCUCAGCGGACUCAACCGAGGAUACGCCUUCAUCACCUUCUGCACUAAAGAGGCUGCGCAGCAAGCCGUCAAACUCUGUAACAACAAUGAAAUCCGGCCCGGGAAACACAUCGGUGUGUGCAUCUCUGUUGCCAACAAUCGUCUGUUUGUGGGGUCCAUCCCCAAGAGCAAGACUAAGGAGCAGAUCGUGGAGGAGUUUGCCAAAGUUACUGAGGGCUUGAACGACGUCAUCUUAUACCAUCAGCCUGACGACAAGAAGAAGAACCGCGGCUUCUGCUUCCUGGAGUAUGAGGAUCAUAAAACAGCAGCCCAGGCGCGGCGCAGGUUAAUGAGCGGCAAAGUCAAGGUGUGGGGCAAUGUGGUGACGGUCGAAUGGGCCGAUCCCAUAGAAGACCCCGACCCUGAAGUCAUGGCUAAGGUCAAAGUCCUGUUUGUAAGAAACCUGGCCAGCACAGUAACAGAAGAGCUUCUGGAGAAGACGUUCUGUCAGUUUGGCAAACUGGAAAGGGUUAAAAAGCUUAAAGACUACGCCUUCAUCCACUUCGAAGAGAGAGACAGUGCUGUGAAGGCUCUUGCUGAAAUGCACGGGAAGGAUUUAGAAGGGGAACAAAUUGAAAUUGUCUUUGCAAAGCCGCCUGACCAGAAGAGGAAAGAGCGAAAGGCCCAGAGACAAGCUGCUAAAACUCAGAUGUAUGAUGAGUAUUAUUACUACGGGCCGCCGCAUAUGCAUCCCCCGACGAGAGCAAGAGGACGAGGCGCUCGAGGAGGUUAUUCGUAUCCGCACGACUAUUACAGCUAUGAAGAUUAUUACGAUUACUACGGCUAUGACUAUCACAACUACAGAGGGGGUUACGACGACCCCUACUACGGCUACGAUGACUUCCAGUCUCACAUCAGAGGAAGAGGAAACAGAGGAGUCCGGGGCCCCACGCUGUCCAGGGGCCGCAGCUCCAGCGCUCCCAGAGGACGGGCCGGUUUCUCUCCGCGCGGGGGUCUGGGGUCCAGCCGAGGGGGCCGGGGGUCCAGAGGAGGCCUCCAGCAGAGAUGUCGAGUGGCACCUUGUGGACGAAAUGGACCAAAGGGAAAGGGGGUCGAGGCUGGUCCUGACCAGGUAGUAUGAAGACUGACUUGUUGUAUGGGGUUACACCGGAUGCUACCAGUGUUCACAAGGUUAAAGCAAACUCAAAGAUCCAAUGAUAUUCCAGCCUGUAUUGAAGCAAAUCUCCUAUACUGCCAUCCCCUGACAAACCAUUAAAGCUCUCGAGUCGAGACCCAAUUCGGAGCCCCCUCUAAAUUAACCAGCUCACUACUUCCCCCCUGGUUAUAAAGUCUCCUCUCGCCCCGCUCUGGAGCUGAAGUUCAGACUCUCAAGGAUCCCCACACAUCAGAUGUGUUUUGCACUUUUGUUCUUUUUCUUUUUUCCUCCUGCGUUUGAAGUGGCUCAGAGGAGCUUGACGCUGAUGUAUAUUUUUGUGCUAACUACAAUGUUGUCGGGAAUGUCCAUGUUAACCUAAAGCGCUUGGAUUCGGCUGGAGAACAUCUGCGGGUUUUUGGUGUAACCGCCUCACAUGGACAAGUCAGGCAUUCCAGGAACGUGGUUCUUUUCAGAACUUG